AUGGAAUGUAUAGCUGAAAUGUCAGUAUUCAACAUCCACAUGGUGAGUCACAUGGUGCCAUUACAUCAUUCAAAAGUUGUACAUAUAAAACUCAAUAAACAAUGCUGCUAUAUCAGUCUUGAUUCUUGAUUAUCUCAUCAUUCACUUGUGCAAAAAUAUACAAUAUACAUAUAUGUAUGUAUUUUUACUCUUUGUCUCACUUCUUCCUUAUGUUAUAUUUAGGAUUUUCUUGUAAUUAUACAAAAGUAAUUCAAUAUGUGAGCACAUAUGACAUAUUCACAAAAUUUCACUGUAAUGAAAUUGCUAUGAAAAUGUAUCAUGCAUUUUCUAUAUAAGCACUAAAUAUGAACAUUGCAGAUAGAAUAUCAAUGUAGCUAUAAAAUAGACCUCAAAUCAUGUAUCAAUAGAGAAGUAUACCUCAAAAUUGAUUAUAAACUAGUGAUAAUUUCUUUUUUAUCUGAAGAGUAACAAAAAAAGGAUAAGAUAAUAAUUUUAACUCUAAUGUUAAAAUUAUAAUUCAAGAAACUAAAUUAUUAAAAUCUGUUUUAAUCAUGAAGAUAAAGAGUUAUUAGCAUUUUUUGAUUAUGUUUCUAUAGCAAAAAAUAUUUUUUUGCAUUUUUAUUGUUUGACUGUUUUUUGUUAUCACAUAUCUAUUAGAUAUAUUAUUUUAAUAUGUCAAUAAUAGAUUUUUAAUGAAAAUUUAUAACUUAAAAUUAAUAAUUUAUAACUUUUGUUAUUUUGUUUUAUUUAUAAUGAAUGUAAAUUUAUGUUUCAAACAAUUUUGUUUGUUAAACUUUUACCAUUUACAGCUUAAAAAAUUAUAAACAAAAAAAUAUAAAUAAUGUUAUAUAGAUAAUCAAUUUAAUUGUAUUUGUUAUUUAGAAAUACAUUUGAUAUUAAAUAUAAAUUUGUGAGAGAUAUUUAAUGUUAUAAAAUAUUUCAAUUAAUUUUACUUUAUUUAAUUAAUAUUAUUUUGUUUUUUAUGGAUGUAAUAUAAAUAUAAUUAUGUCAUAAUUUAUGAUUUAUUUAAAUCAAUAAUUCAUUUGAUGAAAAAACAAAAUAAAACAAUGUAUAAUGAUUCAAACAAAAUUAGUUAUGAUUGAAUUUCUUUACUGCAGUAAAAAUCGUUAAAAAAUAUAGGGGAAUAGAGAAAUUUCCCUAGAACAAACAAACAAAGAAAAAAGGAUACAAGUAGUACUAUACUUUUAAAGCGACAUUCUAGUUUGAUUAGCUGUUAUAUAAAACCAAUCAGCUAAAUUAAUACAUUAAUACUAUAUAAUAAUUUGUUCGAAAAUUACAAAAAGAAAAUAAUUGAUGGUCGAGAAUAAUAAUAAAUAAUCAUUAAUUAAUAUUUUAUUAUGAUUUGCAAAAGUAUAUGCUUUAAUAAUGAUAGAUGUAUUAUUAUUUAGAGAGCACAAGAUGGAUCAUUGUGAUUGGUCAUUGCAGAUAUAAAAAAAUUUAAUUUACUUCCAAGUUAGCUGUGUUAUUCAUGUGAACGCUUCUUAUUUUGAGAUAAUUGCAAUAUGAAAUAAAAUCGAUCCACAAUAUAAAAAGAUAAGAACUAUAUUUGGACAUUUGCACGAAUUAUUCAAGAAAAACGACAUUUAAAGUUCAUAGAUCAAAUUGAAUAAAAUUUUCGCAUUUUUCUCUAUGAUUGACCAACGAUAGAUUGGAAGAUUCUAGAAGAAAAUCAACCUAAUAUGUACAUAUUUGAUCUGCCACAUGCAGUUCUGUGUCAACGAUAUAAUGAUAUGAUAAUAUCAAUAUCAUUUUCUUGAAUCAACUUGUAUCAUUUUGUUUGACAUAGUUCUCUAAUUCACCGUUGUUUAAGCGUAGAGGACGCUAAAAAACCAGCGUUGUUUUUCUGGUCGGUACUUCAGAUCUUGGGACACGAAACUCCAUUUGAUGUCGGGUCUAUACAACACCAAAUGGGAGUUGUAUUAGUUUUUGUAAACAGUUUAGGGAGUAAUGAAAUUUCCACAUUGAAAUUAACUAUGCAAGACAAAAAAGAUUUGGACAAGUUUACCAGAUUUUUGGCAUUGAAGGCCGCGCAAAUAAUUAUACAGUCGAGGUCAGGUGAAAAGGUCAGCACAAAGUGCAAGCCAUAUUCAUCUGGAACAGAUUGGUUCAACCUUGCUGUUCACGAAGUACCAGAAGUUUUGUCUGAAACUAAAAGACUACUAAUUGGAGAGAUAGUAAAUUCAACAAUACCUCUUUGCAUUGAAAUCUCAUUAAAAACUGUUGACAAUGAAAUAAUGGUUUUGGAGGCAUGGAGUUUAGGUAUAUUACCAGAGCAAAGUGAUCCUACUAUGAGAGUAACAUAUACAAUAUACAACAGAAUGGGUAUUUUACUCAAAUCAUUACUGUCUGUAUCAAGAAUUACUCCAGCUUAUAAAUUGAGCAGAAGACAAGGCCCAGAUUCGUUUAUUAUUUGUUAUAGAAUUUAUAUGGGAGAACCUCAAUUACAUUCACUAGGUGAUAAUUAUAAAUAUGUUAGGGUGGGUCAGUUGUGUACACCAGUAGGGACAAUUCAUUUGUCAGUAUCAUAUAGGACAAAAAUGACUAUAUCUCCAACUCAUACAGGUCGUGAUUCAAUAAUGUUAAAAAGUGAUCAUUUUCAUUCUGACUUGAGUCCUCGUCAUGCUAGGUAUCAACAAAGCGAGGAAACGUCAAAAUCGCUUAGUGAUACUAUCAAAGUUGGAGCAUUUGUAGUCAAUAAGCCUGUUACUGUUAAUGAAGAGGAUUUUGUUAUACCAGAUGUACCUUUUAGUUCUUUACUAACUCCUAGACAAACUUCACCUCCUCCAGCCUCGGCAGUUGAGACUACAAGUACAAAGACUGCAUCAACAAUUAUUGCUGCAGAUAGCAGUAAUGGAAACAAUGAAAGACUUACGAAUGAUAACACAACGUCGAAGUGCAACUCUCAAAAUGGAUCAAGAAGGAGUAGUUGUUCAAUGACUAGUGCCAACGAUGAUUUUAUUAUGGUAGAUUUGAAGACACCGUUUGCAAUAACAAACACCAAUAGCGAUUUAGGAGCGUUUUAUCGUGAAUGUCAAAGUGCACCGCAGCUUCAAGCUUUUAUGGAAGAACGAACACUUGCAGAACAGGUUGGAGACCUUACGAAACAGUUGGAAACAUUUGAAACGAAUAUGCGGCGGUAUGAGGAUAUUCUAUCGUCAUUAUGUCAAACAGAAAAUAAUAACUAAUCUUAAAAUCACAAUGCAAUAUUAGGUGCUUCAACGAAAAACCAGUAUAUAUUAUCUCGUCAUAGAUUUAUGCGAUUUUCAUUAUAUGUAUCACGAUAUUUCAGCAAAAGCAUUUUUUAACAAAAUGCUGUCACUGCUUGCGACUUAUAAAUAAAUUCAGUUUGACAGUUUAAUACAAAAUUUAUCUAUGAAGCAUAGAAAUAAAAAUAAUUCAUCUGUAUUAUCAAUAUAUGUACAUUUGGUAUAUGUAAUUUAGUGAUAUACUUUUUUUUUCUACAAUUUUCUUUUUUAUUAGUAUUUUCUAUCACUCUAUUAAUAAUCAAAUUUUCUUCGUUUCAAACUAUUUUAAUUUAUUUCUACAACAUAUAUUGUAUAUAUUAUUUUACCAUUUUCACUCUUAUGAACUAUUAUUUCGAAUUUAUUAUAAAGUGAAUGUACACUACUUUUUUUUUUUGAAGAAUGGAUCAAUAAUGCAAAUUAUUGAACAGUGUUAAUGAUAAUUAGUUAAUAUAUUUUGUAACUUCAAUUAAUUUAUUGCUUGUACAUAGUGUAAAUUGUAUUUUAGUGUUGUAAUAUUAAUUGAUGACUAUGAAAGGAUUAUAUAACUUUUUCAUGUUUCAUUAUUCCAAUCACUUAAUUGUCAGGCUGUGCUUGCAAUUUGAAUUCAACUUUUACACUUAAGAUGCUACAUGCAUCCCUACCUACGUUUAUUUAAUCAGUCGAUCUUAAUAAUACAAUACCGCUUGUAGAAUAGUAAAAGAUUAUUCAAGAAUUGAAAACACCAAAAUAAUUUUGUACAAGUGCUUUUCAAUAUUUCAAUAUGAACGUUUUUAUUUGAUAAAAUUUCAAUAUUUAAGUAUUUGAAUUGUUUAAUUUUAUCAAUAUUUAUUAAUUAUUUGAUUUACUUCUUAAAAUUGUAAGGAAUUUCAAACAAGGAUUAUAGUAGCAAAUAUUUUAAUUUAAUAUAUAUUUUUUAAUUUUUGAAUAUAUUGAUAUUAAUUUUUAUAAUACUAAUUUAAGUAUUAAUGAAGAAUGAUUUAUGUAUGAUCUAAAUAUUAAUAAAGGGAAAUGCUCGUUUGUGACAAUGUAAUUCACUUUGUAGAUACGUUGUAAAUUUUUCCAA